GUCAGGUUGUGGCAAGGUGUAAUAUGCUGCGCUCUGGUGGCGCGGCCUUGCUGCGCACCCUAAGGCAGGGUGCUGCUGCGGGCAGUCCGAGCAUCGAGCAGAGCAGUUCUAAAUUGACACAGGCAGCACCCCUUGUAGGCGCAGCGCAGAGCGUGCACACAGAGGCUGCAGCAGCUCAGAAUGCCGAGCAGAAGACUCGCAGCCGGUGGAGCUGGCAGAAGAAGGCAGCUGUGGGGCUGGGAGCUACUGUUGUAGGUGGCCUGGGCAUUGCUCUGAUGGAGGAGGAGGCUGAGCUGGGGCUGCACGCCCCGCAUUACCCCUGGAACCAUGCUGGCCUCUUCUCAGCCUAUGACCACGCUGCAAUCAGGCGUGGCCAUCAGGUGUACAGCCAAGUGUGCGCAGCAUGCCACUCUGUCAACCAGCUGCACUACCGUGACCUUGUGGGAGUCGCCUACACUGAGGAGGAGGCCAAGGAGAUGGCAGCUGAGACCGAGGUGGAGGAUGGCCCCAAUGAUGAGGGCGAGAAUUACACCCGCCCAGGGCGGCUGAGCGACCCGCUCCCACGCCCCUAUGCCAACGAGGAGGCUGCCCGCUAUGCCAACGGCGGAGCUUACCCGCCUGACCUGUCCUUGAUCACCAAGGCCCGGCACGACGGCCAGAACUACGUGUUCGCCCUCCUGCUGGGAUACAGAGACCCACCUGCCGGCGUCAGCGUGAGGGAGGGGCUGCACUACAACCCCUACUUCCCUGGCGGCGCCAUUGCCAUGCCCAAGAUGCUUGUUGACGAGGGAACCGAGUACGAGGAUGGCACUGCGCCAACAGAGGCGCAGCAGGCCAAGGAUGUCACCACGUUCCUGGCAUGGGCUGCUGAGCCGGAGCACGAUGACAGAAAGCUCAUGGGCGCCAAGUGGAUCUUCGUCCUGUCCAUUGUCUAUCUGACAGCCGUGUACUACAAGCGCUGGAAGUGGGCUCCCCUCAAGGCGCGCCGCAUUGUGGUGGAUGCCAUCAAUUAGAUUGCCUCAUUUCUGGCUGGACACCCAUAUUGGGGCAUGAUUUCUCAAGGUUUAUGUAGCACUGCUGGUCAUGCGUUGGCAGACUAUCAGUGCAGAGCAGAUGACCUGUUUGUGGGGUGGGAAGGACGUAAGAAGUUGUGCACUGCUUUUCCCUGGAUCAUUGCUAGCAUUCUGAGGUACAGCAAGACAGAAAAUAGGGGUUUGAGAUCCUUAGGCACUUCAUGAGAAUUUGCAGGUGUGCUUAAUAAUCAUUUAAUAAUCAAGCAUUUGUGCCAUCUCAUCUCCAUUGGGUCUGGUGGGAACCUUGUCGCGUGCAGUGCAGUGGCGACCGCUGUGGCCUCUGAUGUAUCUACAGGCACUCACUUACUCAUGUGCUAAUUGAGGGCACACAUGUUGCUGGCACCAGCAGCGUUCUGAGCUGGCUCCAUAUGCAUCAACUUGAUUGAAUCCCUCCAGUGAUCAGAUCCUCCAUUAAAUCCUCCACCGCUCAUGAGGCAUAUGCCCGGCGAUAGCUAUGAUACCAUAUGCAUGCCAUCAUGGCAUGCUGCGGCACAGAACCAGCGGUUACUUUCUCAGCAUUCUCACAAGUCAGGAGACCAAAUGCGUGCUCCAGCAGAUUUCGCUUUAUCGGGCAAGCUCAUGACUCUGUAGCGACUGCUCCAUCGAAACCCACACUUCCAGAAGAACAUCCGCUCACGAGGUGCAAACACAACGCAUCCGCUUGCGCCCUUCCUGAUGCAUGUCUUCAUUAAGAGGGUGACAAGCCCUUUGCCAACACCUCGCAUCCUGAAAUCUGGAUGUAUGACAACGUCUAUCAGCAAUGCUGCAAAUGCGCCAUCCGAGAUUACCCUUGCAAAGCCGAUCAUCUGCUGCGCUGAAUGGUCCAUGAUUCCAUAGGACAGCCUGCACGGCCUUGCAUCAGGCAGAGCUUCACUCGGCGCGAAUGCUGCGGCCACUACGUAUGAGUUCCUGAGAGCUACUUCCACCUGACCCUUGUCUCGAGGAUCAAAUGCAGCAGCUUCCCACAAGGCACAGACCUGAGAUGCCCCGAUGUCUUCUGCAUCAGUUGUGAGCGAUAUUUCUAAGCCUGAUGUAUCAGUCCUGUUCCAAAAUGCACCACACGACUUAUGCAAGCACCCGCGUGCAGGCCGUUGAGGCGGUUGCCUUGAUAAAUUUUCAAGUGUAAGACAUUUAUGAAGCCGCGCUGAAGACCACAGCUGUCGAUUGUGGUGCCAGAUCGUGGUCAUGAACUGUAAACCAGAUCACCUUCCACUAAAAGUAAAAGCACACGGUCCGCACGUCACAUUAUAAGUACCAAGGGACAUAUCUUCGCAGACUUUCUCGUAAGACAUGUCCU